AUGAGAAGGAGAAGAAAAAGGAUGAGAAGCAUAAGGAAAAGAGGUCGAGAAGAGAAAAAAGAGGAGACGAAGAAAGAUGAGAAGAAAGAAAAACAUGAGAAGGAGAAGAAGAAAGAUAAGAAGGAUAAAGAGGUAGAAGAAGAUGACGAUGAUGAAAUAAAAGAGAGGAAGAAAGAUAAGAAGAAAGACAAAGAGGAGAAGGAGAAGGAGAAGAAGAAAGAAAAUAUGAAGGAUAAAGAGGAAGAGGUAGAAAAAGAUGACGAUGGAAAGAAAGAGAAGAAGAAGAAGAAAGACAAAGAGGUGAAGGAAAGAAGAAAGAAAAGAAGAUCAAAGAUGGAGAAGGUGAAGAGAAAGAAGAGACAAAGAAGAAGAGACAAAGAAGAUAGAGAUAAGAAGGAGAAGAAGCACAAGGAUAAAGUGGAAGAGGAAGUAGAUGAAGAGCUAGAAGAUAAAAAGAAAGAGAAAGCAGAGAAGAAGGAUAAGAAGAAAGGCAAAGAAGAUAAAGAUAAGAAGCACAAGAACGAAAAAAGAAGAAGAACAAGAAGAAAGAUGAAGCUGGAGAAAAUGUUGUGA